AUGCCCGCUCGAGAGCCACCCUCUCGUACCAUUAUGCCGAACCAGCUUCGCUUCAGCCCGGACAACGACCGUUUCUGGAGUCAGGUCACCGAAGCCCGCCUACAAGCGUUGUCCGACUCCUCUACCCAGGGGAUUCUUCGCGAACUCGAGCGCAGCCAGAAAGCACACGAAGAAAUGCUGGCCAACCUCAGGCAUCGCUUCAAGCUCAGAAACGGUCGCAUCGGCAAGCUCCCGCUGGAGAUCAUCGCUCUGAUAUUCUGGUGGCUUUCCGAAAUGGACCCAAUGGGCGAGGUAGACGUCGAUGCACCUUGCGAGCCUGACUUAGAUGAAGAUGAGGACAGCCAAGGCAGUGCGGACAGUGACGGAUCUGACGAGGGUGAUACUGGCGGCGGUGGAAGCGACUCCGGCGAAGGCAAUGAUGACGACGACGGUGUUGAGAACAGCGGGGAUGGGAGCGGAGAGAUCAGCGACAGCAACCAUGACGAGGACGAUAGCGAAGACGACGGCAGCGAAUGUGCAUGGUCCCGGGCGUCCUCCGAAUUGAGUGCCGAUAUACGAGUUACAUACGCGAUCGGUUGGGUACGAGUGAGCUGGGUAUGCCACCUAUGGCGCGAGAUAGCUCUGGCGCAUCCUGCGCUUUGGGCCACCGUACCCAUGCAUCUACCUCUUCCCUGGAUCUCCGCUCUACUCGAGAGAAGUAAGCAUGCUCCUCUUACCGUCGUAUUCACUGGAGAAGAGGUUGAAGAGGUCUACUUCCUACCGGAGCACGCGUCCUGGCUCAAGCGAGCGCGGACCAUCAUCUAUCACCAUCUCCCAACGGGUCGCCUGACUCAGCUCCUUGAAUCGUGCGCAACACCUCUACUCAAACAUCUCGACAUUGUCGAUAGCUGUGAUGUUUUCCCAGCAUCGAUGCUGGAAUCUGAACGCUUCAACGCACUAGAGUCUCUGUCUAUUCAGGCCCUUGAUCGUCUCCCCCGCCCGGAUCACGGAUUUACCCCUAUAUUCCUCACUAGCCUACGGCUGGGCACUGUUUCCACAUUUUUGUUGAAUGGUGCUUCCACACCACUCAUCCCGUCCGCCGAAGACUUUCUGGCACUUUUGCGAACGCUCAGUCGCCUAGAACUCCUCGAAAUGCACGGCUGUCUUCCUCUUCACACGACCGCGGCCCAUUCUGCAAGAUUGACGCCGGUCGCUCUCCCUCGUCUUCAACACGUUGCCCUUACCGGUCAUUACUCAGGAUGCGCGUUCUUCCUUCGGCAUGUCGAUUGCCCUUCCAAAACGACGUUCCGCAUUGAUUACCUGGAUGUCGCAGACGAGGCCGUGGACGGACUAACAUUGGGCCAUAUCGCCCCUCGACAAGCGCUCGAAGCUCUCUCUAUCACUUGCGUUACCAGAUACAUGUUUACAUGCGUCAUACAGGGCUCUUUCGCGCCUAAAGACGUCUUGGUCGAGCAGCCGGGGGGCAUCGGCUUGUCUUCGGACGCCGACGUCCAUCUCAGUCUGACUCCCCAGUUAGGUUUACCCUCGCCUGAGGUGAAAUUGAAAGUACCGGGUGUAUUCCGCGCACUAUGUACUCAGCUUGGAGUCGACCGCGUUCGGACCCUGGUACUGGAUAUCGAUUCCUCAUUCAACGCUGGCCCUUUGGGGCUGGAUACGGUAGACGACCAAGAAGAUGCCGCCAAUCCUGUCCAUCCUUGGAAUGCGCUCGAGUGGAUCAAGAUGCUCGACGGAGCCCAUAAUUUGUGCCAUUUGCAACUGGUCUCGAGGCCGCCAGUGGAAAGAGCAAGAAAGAGCACCACAAUUGUCGACUUCCUUCUUGCCCUCAACACGUCGUCGGAGUUCCUCCCUACCCUUCGGAUUCUGGAUUUGGUUGACUUGCGCCCCAACUACGCACCUCUCGGUUAA